AUGUCCAAACGAAAAAUCUGUGUGUUAUCUUUAAGUGAUAAACUUAGAAUUGUGAAUGCGUUUGAGUCUGGGAAAUUACGAAAUGAAAUACAAAUUAUGCAAAAUGAGUUUGGUUUAGCAGAAUCCACCUAUUAUAAAAUUAUCAAAUCAAGAGAGUUAAUAAAGUGUCAGUGUUCUAAGGGUCACGGCAAUAUUAAGAGAAGCCGAAUUUCUGAGUUUCCUGACAUUGAAAAGUGCCUGUCAGAAUGGAUAAAACAAACCCUCGAUAGGAAUAUUCCCAUAGACGGACCGCUGUCGAAACAAAAAUCUAAGGACUUUGCCACAAAAUUAGGAAUCGAGAACUUUUCAGCUAGUAAUGGCUGGUUAGAAGGUUUUAAAAAACGCCAUGAUAUCAGUUUCAAAAAAAAAGUCAGGGAAAGUAAAUCUGUAGAUAAGGGAGUAUGCAACCAAUGGACUGAAGAUUUGCCGAAUCUUUUAAAAGGAUAUGGACCCAACGAUAUUUACAACGCCGAUGAAACUGCUUUGUUCUUUAAGUGUCUCCCAGAUAAAACGUUCAUAUUCAAGGGCGAAAAACGCCACGGAGGAAAACAAAGUAAGGAACGCCUUACUAUUCUUCAAUGCGUUAACAUGACCGGUACAGAUAAACUCCUUCUUCUAAUCAUCGGGAAAUCUAAGCGGCCUAGAUGUUUUAAAGGUGUCAAGACUCUGCCUGUCGACUAUGUAAGUAAUACAAAGGCUUGGAUGACUAAAGACUUGUUUAAAAAUUGGUUAAAAAAAGUCAACAAGCAAAGAAAAUAA